AUGGCUGAACACGAACCAAAGCUUAUAGCGCUCAUGGGUUGUACGGGAAGCGGAAAGACCACAUUCAUCAACUGUGUUGCGAACGCCGGGCUGGAAGUAGGCUACGGGCUUCAGUCAUGCACAAGCAACAUACAGACUGCGUCGAUACGGCUCGAACACACGAACAUCACGUUGAUUGACACCCCGGGCUUCGACGACACUGAGAUGCCCCAGGCGGAGAUAUUGCGAUUAAUUGCUACUUUUCUGCGGGAAACAUAUUCCCGCGGCAAGAAACUCACUGGCGUCAUCUUUCUGCACCCCAUUUCCCAUAAUCGAAUGUCCGGCAUCAGCCUACAGACCUUCCACUUGUUUCGCAAGCUUUGCGGCGAGAACGCCAUGGAGAAUGUCACAAUCGCCACUACCAUGUGGGAGACCGUUGAUCUGCCAACGGGCGAGGACAGGUUAGGACAGCUUCAGGGGGAAUACUUCAAACCAGCCUGCGAUCGUGGUGCCCGCAUCGCGCGGCACAACAACACGCCCGAAUCUGCGGUCAGCAUUUUGUCGGCUCUGUUGCGACUACCUAGCAGUGCGCUGCGUAUCCAGGAGGAGUUGCACGAGGGCAAGACGAUCCCGCACACGGACGCAGGCUACGAACUCGACCGACAAUUGCAGGAGCGGUGUACGCAGCAGAGGUGUGGAGUAAACAAAUUGGAAAAAGAGCUCGCAGAGUCAGCCCAGUCGCAGGAGACCAGCGCCCGGGUGGAUGGGUCAUCACGGGGAGGCCCAGAGGAGGGAGACGAGGCUACCGGGAGGCAUCGCCAGGAGGACGUAGAACGUUUGCGGGACGACCUCCGGACGCUCCGUCAGAAGCUACAGAAGACUGAAGCCGAGAGAGACAAGCUUCAACGGGACCUGAGUCAGCGUCUCAGCUCUCAUCUUCAGAAUAUCUUGAAACACAUGAACAUCAAUGUGCAGUCAUCGGAGAGUUUACUUCGAGAAGUCCUCGCCCGAUUUCCUUCCACCCAGUUCACCUCCUUCAGUCCGCUCACCGACUCCCCCGCGAUCACCUACCCCUUCGAUCUUACCUACCCCUCCGCACUCACCUACCCCUCCGGUCUCAUCUACCCCUCCGCACUCACCUACCCCUCCGCACUCACCUACCCCUCCGCACUCACCUACCCCUCCGCGCUCACCUACUCCUCCGCGCUCACCUACUCCUCCGCGCUCAUCUACUCCGCCACGCUCACCCGCAUCCACACGCGCACCGACACCUGUCAGUUCACCUACGCCUACAGGCUCGCCUACAUCAUCGCGCCCGCCAACACCCCCGCGCCGUUCGCCUCGUCCCGCUCCAGUACCGGCCCCCCAUCCACCUCCGCCUCCGCCUAG